AUGCCCUCCAUACCCUCCACUUACGAACCCCUCCACAUCGUCACGCCCCUCAUCUACUCUGCCCCCCUCUCCCAGCAUUCCGGCCAUAACGUCUUCCUCAAGCUCGAGACCAAGCAAAUCUCUGGCUCCUUCAAGGCUCGCGGGAUCGGUCGGGCCUGCUGGGCCGCCGCACACCGCAUCGGCCCCAACGCGCACCUCGUCGUUGCCUCGGGCGGUAAUGCCGGUCUGGCCGCGGCACUCUGCUCCCAGAAGCUCGGCGUCAAAUGCACGGUCUUUGUCCACAAAAAGACACAGCCCCCCAUCAUUGAGCGCAUGAAGGGGUACGGCGCCGAGGUGAAUGUUAGCGACUCGGGAUGGGAGACGGUGGAUCGUCUGGCGCGGGAAUGCGUCGCGGCGGAUCCUAACGCGCACUAUGUCCACCCUUUUGUCGGGGAGGAUGUGGUCAGGGGUCACGUGUCCAUCGUGGAUGAGAUCUACGACCAGCUAGAGGGAGCCAUGAGGGAGGCGGGACUGGAGAAUCCCACGGAUAGGCCGGACGUGGUCUCGUCCGCGGUGGGCGGAGGCGGGUUCAUCAGGGGGAUCAUGACGGGCCUGGGCGAGCGGGCGGCAGCGGACGGUCGGCGGCCCACUCAUGUUGUCGGUGUCUCAGCGAUGGGUGGGGAUCCAUGGGGAUUGAGUCUCGAGACGGAUCACGACUACGUCGACGGCGCAAACACCUCCCUCGCCGUCUCCCUCAACUGCAUCAUGUGCUCCACCCUCGCUAUCGACGCGGCACGUCAAUACGCCCGUACCGGUUCCGUCGAAGGUGCGACGCCGGAGACACAUGGCUCUACCGCUGGCAAGGAUGCCCCAUACCUCUCUUCGGUACGUGCGGACGACGCCCAGUGCGGCGCGGCAGCCUGGCAGGCAACGGACGAGCUCGGUCAGCCCAUCGAGCUCAGUACCGGCGCGGCGGUAGUACCGGUGUACCAUCCCCAGGUGUUGGAGCAUAUGAUCAAGGAGAAGGGACUGCCGGAGAAGUUGAAAGUUAUUGUCGUCGUGUGUGGAGGGAGUAGGGUGGAUGAGAAGGAUAUCGAGGUGUUCAGGGAGAAGUACGGGAAGGGGUAUGGGCAGGUCGUGGUGGAUGGCGCUGUUGUUGUGGAUGCGUGA